CGGAACCCCCCUCUUCAAGUGCCUCUUCCCUCUCCGCGACCCGGCCCUGGCGCCCGAGAGGAUCCCUGGGUGGGGGUGGGCGUGGAGGGCCGGGGGCUGGAGGGGCACUCGGCCCCGGAAAGUGCAGCAGACAGGGCUGGCCCCGAGGCGGAUGCGGCCCCGGAGAAUGGGCGGCUGGGGGGUGUCCAGGGAGUAGGGUCGGGUCGGAGUGUAUGGACCACCGGGCCCGGAGGGUCCGAGCCGAGAGCGGAGCCUGCACCCUCCACCACUCGCCCUUCGGGAAAUAUCAGAACUGAGCCAGGAGGCAGGUGCACCGGGAAAAUGUGUCUGAGUCCUGCUUGGCAGAAGAGAAACUGAGUCACCAGCUUAGGAGUCGCAGGAAAAUUGGAACUAUAAUAUUCUUCUCCCACAUGAAGAUAGUAACAAUGGCAGUCGUUUAGCGGUUGCUUACUUUGCGUUCAGCGCUGACAUAUCCCAUUCCAUGUAAUUCUCUCAACAUUUCGAGGGUGGAGGGAUCAUUAGCUCUGUUUAACAGAUACAAAAACGGAGGCCCAGAGAGGACGUGGAAUUUGUUCAAGAUAACAUCGCUCAUGAGGUGGCUGGACUGGGUGCUCAUAAGGUGGUUUGAGCCCUGGUCUGACUCAAGUCCAUGGCCUUAACCAGAAGGCUAACCUGCCUUUAGGGCAUACUCCCCAGUGGGAGAAGAGGAAGGUGAAAAAUCAUAGGGCCCCAGCUCUCCAUGUGAUAUUUCGUUCACGUGAGGCCAGCAAAGACUUGACCUGACCCAACCCAGUUUCUCCUCUGGGGCCCCUGCGGCCUCUGGCCCCAGACUGAAGGGAUACCAAAGAAGUGGGCUGCAGCUAUUUCAAAUCUCCUUCACGCAGUGCGUGGGUGCUGGACUCUGGGGUCAGCUUUCAAGACAAUUACUGUUUUGGUCCGUCAUGCAUCCAUCCUCAUUAAUGAAUCGGCCCCCUCCGAAGAGCUGGACCCUAAGAUGUGUGAGGCAGGCUCUCUAAGGUCUAGUGUCCCAGCUCCCCUCUAGCUGCCUGUGAGCUGGGGCGGUGAGGUGCUAUGGCUGAGGCUGGCCCAGCCGGUCCCUGGGGACAGGGACUAUGAAGUGGGGAAAAUAGUAGACUUGGAGUUCUGAAACUUUUCUGAGCUUCGGUUUCCUCAUCUGUUCGAGAGGUCUUUGAAACCUCUCAGGGAAAGCUGCUGCCGCCCACCCCUCGUCUUCUGGCCGCCUCCCUUUUUGUGCCCCGCAGGCUCCCCCUCUCCACCUCCUGGGGCCCAUCAUGAAUGGUGCCCCUUCCCCAGAGGACGGGGCCACCCCCUCGUCUCCCCCGCUGCCCCCACCCCCGCCCCCUAGUUGGCGGGAGUUCUGUGAGUCCCACGCCCGGGCUGCAGCUCUGGACUUUGCCCGCCGUUUUCGCCUCUACCUGGCCUCCCACCCCCAAUAUGCGGGGCCCGGGGCCGAGGCUGCCUUCUCCCGCCGUUUUGCCGAGCUCUUCCUGCAGCACUUUGAGGCCGAGGUGGCCCGGGCCUCUGGCUCCCUGUCGCCACCCAUCCUGGCUCCCCUGAGCCCUGGUGCGGAGAUUUCGCCACAUGACCUGUCCCUUGAGAGCUGCAGGGUGGGUGGGCCCCUGGCUGUGCUGGGCCCUUCUCGAUCAUCUGAGGACCUGGCCGGCCCCCUCCCUUCCUCAGUCUCUUCCUCCUCUACAACCUCCUCCAAGCCGAAGCUCAAGAAGCGCUUCUCCCUGCGCUCAGUGGGUCGCUCCGUCCGAGGCUCAGUCCGUGGCAUCCUGCAGUGGCGGGGGACCGUUGACCCUGCCUCCUCGGCUGGGCCCCUGGAGACCUCGUCAGGCCCCCCAGUCUUAGGUGGAAACAGCAACUCCAACUCCUCUGGCGGGGCUGGGACCGUUGGUAGGGGACUGGUCAGUGAUGGAACGUCCCCUGGGGAAAGAUGGACUCACCGUUUUGAGAGGCUGAGACUCAGUCGGGGAGGGGGCACCUUGAAGGAUGGAGCAGGGAUGGUGCAGAGGGAAGAGCUGCUGAGUUUCAUGGGGGCUGAGGAGGCAGCCCCUGACCCAGCUGGAGUGGGCCGGGGAGGAGGGGUGGCUGGGCCUCCUUCAGGGGGAGGAGGGCAGCCUCAGUGGCAGAAGUGUCGCCUGCUGCUUCGAAGUGAAGGAGAAGGAGGAGGAGGAAGUCGCCUGGAGUUCUUUGUACCACCCAAGGCCUCUCGGCCCCGACUCAGCAUCCCCUGCUCUUCUAUCACAGACGUCCGGACAACCACAGCCCUGGAGAUGCCUGACCGGGAGAACACGUUUGUGGUUAAGGUGGAAGGUCCCUCCGAGUAUAUCCUGGAGACAGUGGAUGCCCAGCAUGUGAAGGCCUGGGUGUCUGACAUCCAAGAAUGCCUGAGCCCAGGACCCUGCCCUGCUACCAGUCCCCGCCCCAUGACCCUCCCUCUGGCCCCUGGGACCUCAUUCCUUACAAGGGAGAACACAGACAGCCUGGAGCUGUCCUGCCUGAAUCACUCGGAGAGUCUACCCAGCCAGGACCUGCUGCUUGGACCCAGCGAGAGCAAUGACCGCCUGUCGCAGGGGGCAUAUGGGGGCCUCUCAGACCGCCCCUCGGCAUCCAUCUCCCCAAGCUCUGCCUCCAUUGCCGCCUCCCAUUUUGACUCGAUGGAACUGCUUCCCCCAGAGUUGCCCCCCCGCAUCCCCAUUGAAGAGGGACCCCCAGCAGGGACAGUUCAUCCCCUCUCAGCCCCCUACCCUCCCUUGGACACUCCAGAAACAGCCACAGGGUCCUUCCUGUUCCAGGGGGAGCCAGAGAGCGGUGAGGGGGACCAGCCCCUCUCAGGGUAUCCUUGGUUCCACGGGAUGCUCUCUCGGCUCAAGGCUGCACAGUUGGUGCUGACUGGCGGCACUGGCUCCCAUGGUGUCUUCCUGGUGCGCCAGAGUGAGACAAGGCGGGGUGAAUAUGUCCUCACCUUCAACUUCCAGGGCAAGGCCAAGCACCUGCGUUUGUCGCUGAACGAGGAGGGUCAGUGCCGGGUCCAGCACCUGUGGUUCCAGUCCAUUUUCGAUAUGCUCGAGCACUUCCGGGUGCACCCCAUCCCUCUGGAGUCGGGAGGCUCCAGUGAUGUUGUCCUUGUCAGCUAUGUCCCAUCCUCCCAGCGACAGCAGGAACCGAACACCUCCCAUGACCCACCCCAGCCCCCUGAACCCCCUUCAUGGACAGAUCCCCCACAGCCUGGGGCAGAAGAGGCGUCGAGGGCGCCAGAAGUGGCGGCAACAGCAGCCGCAGCAGCCAAAGAGAGGCAAGAGAAAGAGAAAGCGGGCGGUGGAGGGGUCCCGGAAGAGCUGGUCCCCGUGGUUGAGCUGGUCCCCGUGGUUGAAUUGGAAGAGGCCAUAGCCCCAGGCUCAGAGGCCCAGGGCGCUGGGUCUGGUGGGGAUGUGGGGGUGCCCCCAAUGGUGCAGCUGCAGCAGUCACCACUAGGGGGUGAUGGAGAGGAAGGGGGCCACCCCAGGGCCAUUAACAACCAGUACUCCUUUGUGUGAGCCGACCCCACCCGCUCCACCCUUUUUAAGCCCCCCAGCCCUGCUUGUUAGAUUGGGCUGGGUAGGGACAGAGGAGGCCAAAAUCCCUCCCCCAUGCUUCCUGACCCUUGUCAGCCAAGGGCAUCUUCGAUGGUACAAGCAGAGGCUCGGGAGAGGCUCCCGUCACACACUACAGGUCCCUUCCCCAGGGCAGGGGAUUUGGGCUCCAUGAGCUCCCUGAGGGGCUCUUCUGGUCAGCCCCACCCUGGGGGCCAUUUCCCCAUUAACCACCCCCAGCCCGAGGCAGGGCGAGGGGGAAGGGCUGUCAGUUACAUUAAGGUGGUUGUUGUUGUUGUUUUAAACAAAAUGGAGAAGCAUAAAUAAAUAAAAAGGUUUAUCUCGGUUCUAUUGUGA